AUGCCAUCGGAUGGUUAUCGGAUGAUUCCAUCGGAUGGUUAUCGGAUGCCAUCGGAUGGUUAUCGGAUGAUUCCAUCGGAUGGCUAUCGGAUGAUUCCAUCGGAUGGCUAUCGGAUGCUAUCGGAUGGUUAUCGGAUGAUUCCAUCGGAUGGCUAUCGGAUGCCAUCGGAUGGUUAUCGGAUGAUUCCAUCGGAUGGCUAUCGGAUGCCAUCGGAUGGUUAUCGGAUGAUUCCAUCGGAUAUUUAUUGGAUGGCAUCAUCCGUGCUUCAACUCAAAGUUCAAUGCAGGAAGGGUCCGUACACGGGCCGUUAUACAGUGCCGGCCGCAGGAAACGUCACGCCCGAGCACGCAAACACCCUAGGGGGCUUUUGCGUCUAA